AUGUUGGACGUGGCGAAGGGGAUAUCUAAUUUACAUCACAAUGGGAUUGUACAUAGAGAUAUAAAGCCGGACAAUUUAAUUAUGUUUUUACUUGAAAUGAAUGAAAGGGUGAAUGCAAUAAUGACGGAUUUUGGAAGUGCAAGAAACAUUAAUAUGAUGAUGAAAAAUAUGACUUUCACAAAAGGUACUGGAACACCAAAGUAUGUGUUUCCUGAAAUCUUGAAUAAAAUAUAUAAAAUGCCGAGUGAUAUCUUUUUGUUUGCUAUUAUUAUACACAAACAUUUACUUGGAAAGAACCAUACCCAAAAAGUGAAUUUAGAUUUGCGUGGAGCAUCGCAGACUUCUUGUCAAAAGAUAAUCACUUGA